AUGAGUGACGUGGUCAGUAAAGAUCGUAAGGCAUUGUUCGACUCAGCAGUAUCCUUUUUAAAGGAUGAGUCCAUUAAAGAUGCUCCACUUUUAAAGAAAAUCGAAUUUUUAAAAUCCAAAGGGUUAACAGAAAAGGAGAUUGAAAUAGCCAUGAAAGAGCCCAAGAAAGACGGUAUCGUAGGCGAUGAAGUAUCGAAAAAAAUUGGUAGUACUGAGAAUAGAGCCUCACAGGAUAUGUAUCUCUAUGAAGCGAUGCCACCAACGCUGCCCCACAGGGAUUGGAAGGACUAUUUUGUGAUGGCUACUGCCACAGCUGGGCUGUUGUAUGGUGCAUAUGAAGUAACUAGAAGGUAUGUGAUACCAAAUAUUUUACCAGAAGCAAAAAGCAAGUUGGAAGGGGACAAAAAAGAAAUUGAUGAUCAGUUCUCCAAAAUCGAUACAGUCCUCAAUGCCAUCGAAGCGGAGCAAGCUGAGUUUAGGAAAAAGGAAAGCGAAACAUUAAAGGAACUUAGUGACACGAUUGCUGAACUGAAACAGGCGCUUGUGCAGACAACAAGAAGCAGGGAAAAGAUCGAAGACGAGUUUAGAAUAGUUAAACUCGAGGUGGUCAAUAUGCAAAAUACGAUCGACAAAUUUGUUUCAGAUAAUGACGGCAUGCAAGAGUUAAAUAAUAUCCAAAAAGAAAUGGAAUCUCUGAAAAGCUUAAUGAAUAACCGUAUGGAAUCCGGUAAUGCGCAGGACAACAGAUUAUUUUCCAUAUCUCCUAAUGGUAUACCUGGCAUAGAUACGAUUCCAUCUGCGUCUGAGAUUCUUGCCAAAAUGGGCAUGCAAGAAGAAAGUGAUAAAGAAAAGGAAAACGGCAGCGAUGCUAAUAAAGAUGACAAUGCUGUUCCAGCGUGGAAAAAAGCAAGAGAACAAACUAUUGAUAGCAACGCCUCCAUUCCAGAAUGGCAAAAAAAUACCGCCGCCAAUGAGAUCAGUGUCCCUGACUGGCAAAAUGGACAGGUCGAAGACUCCAUCCCAUAG